AUGGACAAAGACUCACUUCUUGCGGCAGUUUCCUCUCUUUUGGAUCCUACAAUUGACAAUAAAAGACGAAGUGAAUGUUUCUUGGUCGCUGAAGAAUACAAAACUAAGCAAUUUCAGUUUUCUGAUGUUGAUUUUCUGUGCAAUCCAAGUCAACCAUCUGUUGUUGUGCUUUUUGGACUUCAGUGUCUGGAUUAUUAUCUAAAACAUCAAUGGAGUUCUGUUGACAUUCAUAUCAAGUCUAACCUAAAACAGAACAUAUUCCAGCUUUCAAGAGAAAUACACAAUUAUCGUUUCUCGAAAGAGGAAACGCGAGCUUUUCAUCUUAUGCUGAGUCAAAUUAUUGUUUUCCUCAUCAAAUGUGAGUGGCCUCAGCAAUGGCCUUCUAUGUUGCCUGAAUUUUUGUCUUUGGGAAAGAUAGGGAUUCCCCAGACAAAGUUAGUCCUUAACUCGUUCUUAAGACUCUAUGAAGAUGUCGUACAACUUCAAGAUGUCCCACAAGCUCGACGACGUGAUAUUGUCAGCAGUCUAAAUGACAACUUGGUCGAAAUAUUUAAAUUUGCACUUGACGUUAUGGUGGAGCAACUUUUGUCCCUUAAUUCAAAUCAAUUCACGGAUUGUGAAUCAUUUGAAGUUUGCCGAGAGUCUUUGUGCACAAUGAGUGGAUUUCUUGAAUCUUGUCGCUUGAAUGCUUUGACUUCUUGGACCCCUCCAGAAGCAGCUAUCAAAGCUCUCAAUCUAAGUCGUAAUCUACCUUUCUUAAGUUUGAUCACAACGCUUGUUGGGAUUCGCAGUGUUCAAAUUGAUGCUUUAACCGUGAUCAGUGUUUUGUUAUGUAGACGGAUACAACCAGGGACCGAAAUUCCUGAUUCAUUUGGCCCAACUAUUGCAGACAGUUUCCUUAAAGAAACUAUAGGAUCCAGUUCUCCGUGUAAUAAUCUCAUAAAGAUUUUAUGUUCAUCAUUAUCUGAGAAUCCUGAAUAUUCUGAUGAACGUCACAACUUUUUGAGACUGCUUGGUGAAGCUGUGGUUCAUAUUGGUUGUCAUCUGAUUACCCAUUGGAGGGAAUAUUCAUAUGAGUAUACCUUAUGCAACUGUUUCGAUCGUGGUGUUUGCGAGUGCCCAAAUUUACCAUCACAUAUAUUCCAGGCAAUCCUUCGCCUGACCGCUUAUCCAAUUCACGUGAUAUCAGAGUGUUCAAAUAAGUUUUGGAUUACUAUCUUUCGCUCAGAUGAAGUACCUUUACUUAACUUGACCAAGGUGUUUGCAAACGACCUCUUUACUAUUUGGCGAAGGAAUUCAUUAAAAGUUGGUCAACCAUAUGGAACAGAUAUUCAAAGCGAAUGGAAUCGCAGAAUUUUCGAAUCUGAUGAUCACUCUAGCUUUUUUGCUCGUUACAGAAAUGGUUUGGUGAAGUGUUUAUCGAGUGGUGCGUCUUGCUGGCCAGAAACGUUUUUACCUUUGUGUAUAUCUUGGAUAGAAACAUUGAUUCAGGUGUCUCCAACUGCUCAGGAUUAUGAUGAAACGAAUAAGUUUUUAUCGCCUACAUCACCUUUAAUACUUGAAUGGGAAGCUAUAGACUCAUUUUUAGAUGCAUGUUUAUCAGCUGUUGAACAAUCAUUUAAAGCUCGUCAUUUAGAUGCAGAUUUAAAUUCAAAAGUUAAAAAUUUAAUUCAUAAGAUUUUACAAUGUUCAAGCACGACUGAUCCGCUUAUGAGAGCUAAACAUCUUGGUUGCAUGUCAAUUCUGUUGCAACACACUGAUUCAAAUAAUGAUUCGGAUCUUGUGGUUCUAUUUUUAAACAAGGUUUUUGAAUCAUUGAAUUCUUGUCCUUUAGUGGAUGAGUCUUCAUCUUCUCUGGAUUCAUUUUGCAGUAUAGAUCGACCAAAACAAGUUAAAACAAUGCAUCUAGCGUCAGCAACAGCAUUACUUCGUUUCACUCGUGCUAAUCCUGUUCGAUUGAUGCCCUAUUUCGAUAUAAUACUGACAGAAAUAAACAAACUUUGGAUGGGAAAAAGUUGUGGUAAUUUGGAGAGAGGAAUUCUAAUAGAGGCUGUAGUUAUACUUGGCUUUCGGGUGCCUCAACCAAUCAGUGUACAGUUUGAUUUUCUUCGAAAUCUACUUGCUGUUGUCUAUGGUCCAUGGUGUAGCAGUCAAGAUUUGGAUAGUUCCGCAUCAUUUUCAGAAUUAUUGCGAGCAUGUGAAUCUGGUGCACCUGGAUUAGUAGGUGCAUUAGGUCUGGAUAAGCCAUUGGAACAACUAGGAAACCUUCAGUCUCCAUUUGUUCAAACUCGAAUAAAAAUGAAUCAGAAUGUUGUUUCAUUGUUAGCUAUAUGCAGGCGAUUAGCUGAACCGUGCAACAGCCAGCAGUUGGAGAACAUAUCACUGCCCAUUUUGGAACCAGUUUUGUCACCAGUAUUGCGUGUGUUGAGAGCAUUUAAUGAACUCUGGUUACCAGAAUCACUAAGAUUGAUGCAUCCAACGAUAGUUCCUGCUUUGCAAAGUACGGACCAUAAUAAAUUUUGCACUUUAAAUAAUCAGUUUCGUCAAAUAUUCAAGUCUAUAGAUGAAGCGAAUCCUGUAUUUCGUAGAUUACGCACUUUUCUCAAUGAUUGUCAUGAAAAUCUGAUGUUCAUUGUCGGUCUGCUGUUCAUUUCAUUGGGAUCAAAGUUUUAUCUUCUACCAACCGAACAACUGAGAAUUGCACUACACGAUGGUUGUUGUGCUGCAUUCGAACACUUACCUGAUCUUAAAGUUAACAAUCUUUUACGAUUAAUUAUUCGCCCUUUUAUUCAAUACUGUCCUAAGCAGUAUUUUGAAACUGCAAUCACCCCUCUUAUACCACCUGUAGUUGAAGCAGCUAUUGAGAGAACUGGGAUAAGAUGGAAUGAGUUAAACAUGGCUAAUGAACGUGAAUGUGAAAACGAAGAAGCUAUUUUCACUGAAUUAGUACUGGACAGAUCAGCUCGUUUAUUAAGUCGAACAUGUUUGAAUUUACUACGCUUGAUAUAUACCUUCAAUGGCUAUGAAAUAUCUGAACAGUUCAAUGGUUCUAAAAAUGAUACCGAUAAUCUUGAAGAUGGUGAUGAUGUGGACAUGUCAGAAUCACUAGGUGCUAAUGGACAAUCAACCGGGGGAAAUUCACCUGGACAUUUAGCAAAACUAUUGUCUAAUAUGCAUUGUGUAUCUUCAGAUCCAAAGUAUCAAGCACAGAAUCUUCCACUGGAUCCAUUACUUUUGAAUUCAUUAGCAAAAUCUUUGACUUGGCCUGAUACUUCAAUAUGCGCAAAAGCUGCUCAGUGGAUAUCAACUCUUGUUGAUUUGUUAACAAACGCUGUUGUUCAGAAUAAUUGUGGCUACAAAGUUGCUACGACACCUUUACCUGCAACAACAGCGGAGUCAAUUUUAAUUGGUGUUCUUUACGGUCUUCACGUGAAUGGCAGAAAUGCUGAAGACUGUUUGAAUAGUUUAUUGUCUGCUGGUAUUAAAACAUACUUAGCUGUUGAUAUCAGUGUGGCUAAACAAAAUCUACGUGCUCUUUUAAGUCGCAUUUUACUGAGCACUGCAAAUAAUGAUAAAAAUAAAGAAAGUCAGGUACAAAAACAGAUUGAGACAUUUGAGAAGAAAAUGUUUGAAAAUUAUGAAAAACCACUAACUAUUCGAGGAAGACGUGAUGCCUUUAAAAAACUUGUUGAUCCUAUUAUUGGAGUUCCCCUUAGUCAACGUUUUCGCAAUGAGGUUCAAAUACAAAACUUACCCAGAUUAAAUCGUCCUAAAUGGACUAACUCGCCAGUUGAAAAUUCCAAUUAUGAUAAAAAGAGUAACACAUUUGAAGUCAGCAAUGUUUACAGUGUAAUUCGUGAUCAGGCUUCGCUUAAAUAUAGUAUUAUGGGUGGAUAA